AUGGUAGUCUCCGCCGUCGAUACAUGCAAACGGCAAGAAAAAUUCAACCAUGGAAUGUUUCAGGACGGGGACGUCAUCCUGGGCGGUUUGUUCCCAAUAUAUUUAAGAGUCGCGCCGGAUUAUAGAUCAUUCCAAUCUCACCCUCAACCAGUGCGCUGUGUGGAGUUUAGUCAAAGUGGUCUUCGUUGGACCCUCACCAUGGUAUUCGCCAUAGAAGAGAUAAAUAGGAAUACGGAGUUACUACCUCACACGACUCUGGGUUACGAAAUUUUCGACAGCUGUGACGCAUCUUCUGAAGGUCUGAAAGGAGCUUUCAAUUUACUGAAGGGAAAAGGCAAUAGCGCUCCCAACUCCACGUGCGCUGGAGUCCCAUUAGUACCUGUGAUUGUGGGAGAUGGUGCGUCAUCGCAAUCUAUCGCAGUGUCUCGACUAGUUGCUCCUUUCGCCAUUGGUCUGGUCAGCUACUUUGCGUCAUGCGCUUGCCUCAGUAAUAAGAGUGAGUUCCCAACAUUCUUGAGGACAAUUCCUAGCGAUACUGUUCAAAUGAAAGCUUUAGUUCGACUCAUACACCACUUUGAUUGGACCUGGAUCGGAGCCGUGGCUGAAGACAACGAUUAUGGUCGCUUCGGGAUGAGGUCUCUCAUUGAAGAGGCUGCGAAGUUUGAAAUCUGUAUCGCCUACAUCGAAUUCCUUUUACCCGGUCGCACAAGAGAAAGAAUGCGUCAAGUUGCAAAGACCAUUAGAACAUCCUCUGCUAAGGUGUUGAUAAUAUUCUGUGGAGAGAGUGACGCCAUGUCGUUGGUAAAUGAACUCAGAAUGCAGAACAUCACCGACAUCCAGCUAAUCGCGAGUGAAGCCUGGGUCACAUCAUUCCAACUAUGGAGAGCAGAAACUGUGGAUAUUUUAUCAGGAACAAUCGGGUUUGGAAUCAGGAGAGCGGAAAUUGUGGGACUGAGAGAGUUUCUAGUCAAACUUCAUCCUUCCACAGCACCAGACAAUCCGUUUGUUGAAGAACUCUGGCGCCAAGUCUUUGGCUGUAUCAUAAAUUCCUCAAAUCAGAGCCUGAAAGAAAACAUGUCAGGGUUUCCCUACAAACCGUGCACCGGUUCAGAAAACCUAGAGACGGUUGAAUCUGCAUACUCCGAUGUGUCGCAGUUAAGAGUUUCCUACAAUGUAUACAAAGCGGUAUACGCCAUAGCACACGCCCUUCAGAAUUUACAAUCGUGUGAAAAUGGGAAAGGCCCAUUUAUCAACAACACAUGCGGUCAAAAGUCUAAAGUUCUAUCCUGGCAGCUUUUGCACUACCUGAGGGAGGUACGUUUCACCAGCCAGUUUGGGGAGGAAGUAAGCUUUGAUAAAAAUGGAGAUCCUAUUGCUUCCUAUGACCUGAUAAACUGGCAGAAGCGUCCUGAUGGGUCGAUUGACUUUGUUAAUAUUGGCUAUUAUGACGAAGCGUUGCCGAAAGGGGAGGAACUCGAGUUGGAUGAAAGUGGAAUUGUGUGGCACAGAACAGCUCUUCAAAAUAAGGUUCCUCUCUCAACGUGUAGUAAAAGCUGUCUUGCAGGUACCAGAAAAGCUGUACGUAAGGGUCAGCCUGUUUGCUGCUUUGAUUGCUUGCCAUGCGCCGAUGGGGAGAUCAGUAACGAAACAGGUUCAAUAGAAUGCAUCAAAUGCCCGUCAGAUUACUGGUCCAACGAGCCAAGAAAUCAGUGCAUUCCGAAAGAAAUUGAGUUCCUCUCCUUUCAAGACAGCAUGGGAAUAACGCUGACGGCGAUUUCACUGCUUGGAGCUUGUAUCACAGGGGCUGUUGCAGCUGUAUUCUUAUAUUUCAUAAACACUCCUAUUGUAAAGGCCAACAAUUCAGAAUUGAGUUUCCUUCUACUAAUCUCAUUAAUACUGUGCUUUCUGUGCUCCAUUGCAUUCAUCGGACAGCCCUCACCAUGGUCAUGCAUGGUGCAGCACACUGUGUUUGGAGUUAGUUUUGCUCUAUCUCUUUCUUGUAUUCUUGGUAAAACUUUGGUAGUCCUAAUGGCAUUUAAAGCAACUCUGCCGGGUAGUGAUGUCAUGAAAUGGUUCGGACCCAAACAACAAAGGUCAAUUGUUUUUAUCUGCGCAUUGAUUCAAGUAAUAAUAUGUGUGAUCUGGUUGUUGACUUCUCCCCCACUCCCAGCUAAAAACACCAAAUAUCAAAAUGAAAAGAUUAUCCUCGAGUGUGGCGUGGGUUCCACAGUAGCAUACUGCAGUGUGUUUGGUUACAUUGGCUUAUUAGGUUGCAUUUGUUUAAUUUUAGCCUUAUUGGCCCGGAAGCUACCGGACAGAUUCAAUGAAGCUAAACUCAUAACGUUCAGCAUGCUCAUCUUUUUUGCAGUUUGGGUGACAUUUAUUCCAGCUUAUGUGAGCAACCCCGGAAAAUACACGGUGGCUGUUGAGGUAUUUGCAAUUUUAGCAUCGAGUUUUGGAUUAUUGUCCUGUAUCUUUUCUUCAAAGUGUUACAUAAUCUUGUUAAAACCGGAAGAGAACACCAAAAAACACGCAAUAGCUAAAAAUGUACAACCGUAA